AUGGCUUCGUCAUCCAAACCAACCCCGCUCUUGAAAGACGAACUCGACAUCGUCAUCCCUACGAUCCGUAACCUUGAUUUCCUUGAGAUGUGGCGACCUUUUUUUGAACAGUAUCAUCUCAUCAUUGUUCAAGAUGGGGACCCUACUAAGGUUAUCAAGGUUCCUGAAGGUUUCGAUUAUGAACUGUAUAAUCGGAAUGAUAUCAAUAGGAUCUUGGGUCCUAAAGCUUCGUGUAUCUCGUUCAAGGAUUCGGCUUGUCGGUGCUUUGGGUAUAUGGUUUCUAAGAAGAAGUAUAUCUACACCAUUGAUGAUGAUUGCUUUGUUGCUAAAGACCCAACUGGCCAUGAGAUCAACGCACUUGAGCAGCACAUUAAGAAUCUCCUUAGUCCAUCCACUCCAUUUUUCUUCAACACCCUUUACGAUCCAUACAGAGACGGUACUGAUUUCGUCCGUGGAUACCCUUUCAGUCUUCGUGAAGGUGUCCCCACUGCCGUUUCUCACGGCCUUUGGCUCAACAUACCUGAUUAUGAUGCUCCAACUCAGCUUGUCAAGCCCCAUGAGAGAAACACUAGGUUUGUUGAUGCUGUCAUGACCAUUCCCAAAGGAACUCUGUUCCCCAUGUGCGGUAUGAAUCUGGCGUUUAACCGUGAACUGAUUGGACCUGCAAUGUACUUUGGACUCAUGGGUGAUGGUCAGCCCAUUGGACGUUACGACGAUAUGUGGGCUGGCUGGUGCAUUAAGGUUAUCUGUGAUCAUUUGGGAUAUGGAGUGAAAACUGGACUUCCAUACAUAUGGCACAGCAAAGCAAGCAACCCAUUUGUUAAUCUGAAAAAGGAGUACAAAGGUAUCUUCUGGCAAGAAGAGAUCAUUCCAUUUUUCCAAGCUGCAACCCUUUCAAAAGAUUGCACCUCUGUUCAGAAAUGCUACAUUGAACUCUCCAAGCAAGUCAAGGAGAAACUUGGAACUAUUGAUCCCUAUUUCAUCAAACUCGCCGACGCCAUGGUCACUUGGGUUGAAGCUUGGGAUGAGAUUAACAACAGCAAAUCUGAAGAGACAACUUCAACCAAAGCUUCUGAGGUUGCUGCUACCAAGUGA